AUGAAAAACCUUAUAUUGUGGAACGCAAGAUCUGUGUUAAACAAGAAAACUAACCUAAAUUAUUUAAUUUAUAAAGAAAAUCCAAACAUAAUAGCCAUAACAGAAACAUGGUUAAAAGAAAAAGAUAAAUUUACUCUAAAUAAUUACACAAUAAUCAGAAAAGACCGAGUAAACCAAGUAGGAGGAGGCUUAGCCAUAUGUAUAAAAAACAAUUUACAGUUUAAAGAAAUAAAUCUAAGAGAAAUAUAUAGGGACAAAUUAGAAACCCUAGGAAUAAAAGUUAACUAUAAAAGGAAAUGGCUAAAUAUAAUAAUAAUAUAUAACCCAUGCAAUGAUAUAAAAACAGAAGAACUCCAAUAUUACUCAGAUCAAAUCACAGACCCAAAACUAAUAAUGGGAGACUUUAAUGCCCAUCAUCCUUACUGGAACGAAAACAUAAGCAAUAGACAAAUUAAUACAACAGGCAAAAACAUAAUAAAAUGGAUCAGUCAAAACAAUUUAAUAAUGCUAACCCCAAAAAAUCAAAUAACUAGAAUAGACCCUAAAACAGCCAAAGAAUCAACCAUAGACCUAGUAUUUGGUUCUCCAACCCUAAGUCAUAUCCAACUAAAAACAACAUCUCAUUUAGAUAGUGAUCAUUUACCAAUAAUAAUAAACGAUAAUUCUACAAAACAAUAACCUACUAAAAGAAAAAAAGUGGCAAUAUACAAAAGAAGGGUGGAGGGAUAUUCAACAAGAUUUAAACAGCAUAGAAAUAGGAAAUCUAACUUCACUCAAAGAAAUUUCAGAGACUAUAAAAAAUACGGCCCUAAAAUAUUUUAAAUUAGAAACACGAAUAUACAAAGAUAAACCAAAUAAACCAUGGUGGAAUAAAGAAUGCAAUGAUACUAUAAAAGAAAAAAACAAAGCCUAUAACAAAUGGAGGAAAAAGCCAACAUUAAUAAAUCAAAUAGAAUAUAAGAGACAAUUAGCAAAAGCUAGACUUAUAAUAACACAAACAAAAAGGGAAUCAUGGGAAAAGUUUUGUGCAACAUUAAAUUUUAAAACAUCACCAAAAAUAAUUUGGAAUUUCCUAAAGAAAUUA